AAACUGUAUAUCCCAUCAGCCCGCCAGCUGCGGCGCUACAAGUCCAAGUUCUCCUCCCCAGUUUUUGUUCACUUCAAAGAGACACUUGAUGGCACACACACAGUUCGAGCUUUCAAAGCUCAAGCUCGAUUCAUACGCAAAAUGAAGAAAUCGGUUGAGGAUCGAGUAAGGUUUGACUUCAUGGAGCUGGCCCUGAGGACUUGGCUAGGGAUGAAAGUCUUCACUCUGUCCCAGUUUGUGUCACUGGCUGCAGGUUUGAUCGUGGUGUGGGAUGACUCUUUCUCCCCUUCACAAGCUGGCAUGCUGCUUAGCUUUUCUUCAUGGGCACCUUGGGAAAUAGCUGAGAAAACUCCUGCAGAUGCAUGGCCACAAGAUGGGGAGAUCGUUUUUGAAGACUACAAAACUCGUUACAGAGAUGGUCUUGAUCUUGUACUGAGGGGGGUCACUUGUAGCAUUGGCGGCGGAGAGAAG